CAGCAAAUUCUUGAAAUUAGGGGGAGGGAGGAUAUUGUUAAGUAGAUUUAAGUAGAUCCCGCUUUCUUCAUUUUAAUAGUAAACUAAAUUCUAGAAACAGUUAUUCCGGUAAAAGUAUUCUGAGUUAGCUACUAAGCGAAGUUUUUUGUUUAAUUUAAGCUCUCAGAUAAAUAUUUCAGGUUGCCGGAUGCUAUUUUUACAGCUUGGUCCAGUUGUUUUUCAAAAUGCAAACCAAACAAAGUUGAAACCAAAAACCGUCCAAGUUUUAUGAUUCACUUUCAUUUCGUGUUUAGUCAUUAGUCCUGUUUCUAAUACUAAUACUGUCUUUUGUUGGCGGCCUUAGAUAUAUAAAUUUCAGAAUUCAUUUUUUAUAGCACUUGUCCAAUAAAACUUGGAUUAAAUUGAGGCCCAAUUUGGAGUUAUUUUGCGUUAUUUGCACGGAGCUCGGCAUUUUGCUUGCUGUGAGGAACUUAAAUUAGGAGUCUAUUGUUUCGAAUUAAGAUAAUGGAAGCUAUAGUCAUGCUGCCUUCCUAAUCCUACAGAUGCAAUAUUAUACAGAGGAGCAGAUAAUUAGAAUCAAGUGCCAUCAUUAUCGACCAACGUGAUAAAGAUAAGAUGCUUUAGACAUUUUUGAUUAUUUACAUCAACUUAUGCAGUUCUCGCUGUUAUUAAAUCGCCAGUAUUCUAACCCAUCCUCAUUAAGAUAUUCAGCUAUUGAAAUCGAGUCGCUCAACUACCCCUUAAAAAGUUGAAAUGAUGCGGUUUAUCGUUAUUUGUUAUUUGGACGACUGGUUGGUCGACCUGGUCCUGAUCUGUCCAAUGGGAUAUUCUGUCUUAAUUAGCUACGAACCAUAUGUGCAAGAAAAAUUAUAAUCACUAUCUUUCUUUACUUUUUGUUUCCGUAUCUGCCUUCGUCGUCAGUUUAGAUAGAUUCAUUUUGACAUAAAUACAAAUCAUUUUUCAAUUUCAAUAAUUUUAUAAUAAAUUGACAUGUUGAACAUGAUUUCUGCCGAAAACCGUCUUUUCCUCUAAGUUGCCGUUUGAUUCAAAUAGCCUUGAUUAAUGCACAUCUGAUUCCUUGCUUUUUAUGGGGUUGUAUUCCAGUUAAUAUGGCUCCUUCUAGUGACAAUGGUCCUGGUUCAGCUUAAGCAGACGAAAGUAAGGUUCCACUCAAAAAUCUUCGAUAGCUGAACUAUGAGCUCUUCGGCGCCGAAAGAUGCUGCAUCGGGAUCGGACGAUCCAAAAGCAAAACAGCUGUCCGAUUACAUCAAGAACACCCACGAGCAGCUAAGAAAGGCUUGUGGCCAAGGACGAGACUUCUCUCAAGUAUGGAUUGACCAUUUGGCCGACGAAUCUGUCAGACGGCAGUAUGCGAAGUCCAUGCAUCAACUAGCUAGUAAAUACUGGGAGGGAGGGGCGGAGAAUUGUCGUGUGGAAUGGUGCUACGAAACUCUGAAAAACUAUUUUUCCAAUUCUAUCAGCCAGCAUAUCGAAAAAGAUCUGAGAAUUGCAUGCUUUGAAAUUGACGCUAAAAGUGACACCUCAAUUGAAAACGAACAGAUUUUAAGUGAAUUUAAACGGAACUUGGAUGAAUUUCCGGAAAAAUCAUCAUGUAAUUCGAUCAAAGAAGUUCGAGAUAGCUUUAGAUCCGAAAAAGACUCGGCAAAAAUUGCGCAACUGACAAAACAGGGAGGAGAGUUGCUAUUUGGCAGUGCUUUCUCCAAACCUGAGUUUCAUGAGGCCAAGAAACUUCUGGACGUUGGAAGUUGCUACAACCCUUUUUCACAGCUAAAUGACUGUAAUUUAGAAGUAGUAGCAGUUGAUUUGACCCCAGCAUCGAAGUCCGUUUUUAAAGUGGAUUUUGUGAACAUAUCAACCAGUUUGGAUUGUUCAUGCUUCGAUUUGAACGAAGAAGAUCUUUUGACAUGCAAUGAUGAACGUUGUGUGAAAUGUUUACCGGAAGCUGCUUUUGACGUGGUCACAUUUUGUUUCCUUCUGAGCUACAUACCAUCCCCAACUGAGCGGCUGAAUUUCUGUGCCAAGGCUCGAAAGGUGUUGAAAUUUAACGGACUGUUGAUAAUUACGGAAACACAGAGCAUUACCCCGCACAACAACCUGAUGUUUAUGAAGCAAUGGAGAUGUGAAAUUGAGCAGUUGGGAUUUAGAAGGAUUUGCUACGAAUCAAAAGCUCAUAUACAUGCCAUGGCGUUCAGAAAGGUCCCUAAGUGGCUAAGGAGAUGUUCUUUUGUGGGAGAUGACGUGCCUAAAACGAAGUUGAACAAGAAACCCAUUUACAAAAUACAAGGCUAUCUAUCGAUUAAUCAGGACAUUCACAGUCAUAUACAGAUACAGGGAGAUGAUGACUCUAGAGAGUGCCCCAAGCCUAAAUCGACAUCGGUUAAGCAUGGGGAGGAGCAACCUAGAAAAGGGGAUGAUGAGGAUGAGGGAGAUAGAGCUAAUAUUCCCCAGCCACCCCACAAGAAACACAGAGCGGAGGGGAGGAAGAAAGGGGCAGUUAAAUGGGACUAAUUCUGGACUGGCAUCCCAACGGGAUUGGGUUAUAUGGUUGGAGGCUUUUACAGACCUCAGAGCAACGCAUUGUAAGGGACGAAAAAAGAAGUAAAGAUAUGGAUUGCAGCUCUAUCGAUAUGGAAAUGGACCCGAAUAUACCUAUUUCUCUACUCUUAAGUAAGAAUGAGACGUCAGGACAGUAUGUUUACGAGAUCCGAAGAACUAAACAUGGACAAGAACCACCGAGGAUCGAGAUGAUACAAAGAGCGCAAGUCAUACAAAUGCUGUAAUUAAAAUCAAUCUAUUUGUCCUUAAAUCUUCUGUUGAUGGAAUGAAUUUUCGUGAAUGUAUAUGUGCCGAAAUAGUUCAAAAUAUAAAUUCUAUUGA